UGAUGACGCCUGCCUCCUCCUCCCUCGUUUUCUAAUACAUACAUUAACGAGAUUAUAUUGUAAUCUAGUCCUUCAUCAAAUUUAAUCACAUAAAAAAUUGCAGAUAUCUCCUAUUUUUAAGUCUUAAUCCCCACUUUUCUUUUUUUUAAUCUUUUAAAAAUGAAAAUUUACACUGAUUUCCCUAUCCGACCUUCCCUUCCCUUCUCUUCGCUUCGCUUCGCUUCUCUCUCUGUUUGCGGCCUUUCCUCCCUCCAAUUCCUGUCUCUUUAAUCCAUUAAUCAUUAUCUAUAGGAUACGUACAUUUAUUUUAAAUUAAUUAAUUUUUAUGGAUUACCCCAAUUGCUCUUCCUCCUCUCUCCUUCUCCUCCUCCUCCACUCGGAUCCAUGGCCUCUCCAUCCUUUCUGAGAUCUUCCCCCAAUUAGGGUUUCGUUCGCCGGCGAUCCCUCUUCCUGGAUUGCCCCCUAGACCUAGGGUUAGGGUUUUGGAUUGGGAGGGGGAGAGAGAGAGCAAGGAGCGAGAUGUUGAACAAGAUCAUAAAGCGGGGGAACCGCAAGGUGCCCAAAUCGGACGCGAAUGAGCCCUAUGGCGCCACCGCUGCAGGGUAUCGCGGCGGCGCCGGAGGUGCCCCGGUGGUCUCCGCCUCCAACGUGACCGUCAACCACGCGUCCCGCACCACCCUGUCCUCCUCCGUCCCGGGCGGGGGCGCUAACUCCCAACAUCAGGCCUCCUCCGGCGGUGCCGCUGCCCCCCAGAUCGAGGCCCUUCCCCUAUUCCGCGACGUCCCGGUCCCCGAGCGCCAGGCCCUCUUCCUCCGCAAGCUCCAGAUCUGCGCCGUGGUCUUCGACUUCUCUGACACGCUCAAAUCCGCCCGCGAGAAGGAGGCCAAGCGGCAGACGCUCCUCGAGCUCGUCGACUUCAUCCAGUCCGGCUCCGGCCGCAUCACCGAGCCCGUCCAAGAGGAGCUCGUCCGCACCAUUGGCGUCAACAUCUUCCGCUGCCUCCCGCCGGCGUCCCACGAGAACACCGGCUCCGAGAUCGCCGACCCGGAGGAGGAGGACCCCUACCUCGACCCCGCCUGGCCCCAUCUCCAGCUCGUCUACGAGCUCCUCCUCCGCUACGUCGUCUCCCCCGACAUCGACGCUAAGGUCGCCAAGCGCUACAUCGACCACUCCUUCGUCCUCCGCCUCCUCGACCUCUUCGACUCCGAGGACCCCCGCGAGCGCGAGUACCUCAAGACCAUCCUCCACCGCAUCUACGGCAAGUUCAUGGUCCACCGCCCCUUCAUCCGCAAGGCCAUCAACAACAUCUUCUACCGCUUCAUCUUCGAGACCGAGCACCACAGCGGGAUCGGCGAGCUGCUCGAGAUUCUCGGCAGCAUCAUCAAUGGAUUCGCCCUGCCGAUGAAGGAGGAGCACAAGCUUUUCCUCGUCCGGGCUCUCAUUCCGCUCCACAAGCCGAAGUCGAUGGGCGUGUACCACCAGCAGCUCUCCUACUGCAUCACCCAGUUUGUGGAGAAGGACUACAAGCUCGCGGACACGGUCAUCAGGGGGUUGUUGAAGUACUGGCCAGUCACCAACUGCCAAAAGGAGGUGCUUUUCCUCAGCGAAUUGGAGGAGGUUCUGGAGGCGACGCAGCCUGCAGAGUUCCAGCGAUGCAUGGUUCCUCUGUUCAAGCAAAUCGCCCGCUGCCUCAAUAGCUCUCACUUCCAGGUUGCUGAACGGGCCCUGUUCCUCUGGAACAAUGAUCACAUUGUGAGCUUGAUUGCCCAAAACCGUAGCAUCAUCUUUCCCAUCAUAUUUGAAGCUCUGGAGAAGAACAUGCAGGGCCAUUGGAAUCAGGCAGUUCAUGGCUUGACUGCAAAUGUCCGUAAGAUGUUCCUGGAGAUGGACAGCGAACUGUUUGAAGAGUGCCAACGACAGUACACAGAGAAAGUGGAAAAGGCCAAAACCUUGGAAGAGCAAAGAGAGCUAGCAUGGAGAAGACUGGAAGCUGUUGUUGCAGCCAAUCUGCAGGAGAAGAGGUGGUCUUAGUCAAUUAGGCAAAUUUGUGCCCUUCUACGUUUUUUUUUUUAAUCAUCUGUUUACUCUUGGUAUUGUAAUCUAUAAUGUAUCAUUUGUGGAUAUGCCACAGAUUUUGAACGGGUUCCAAGAUUUUUUCUUUUUUUUGGGGGGGGCAUUUCAAAGAGAUGCGUAUCAUUUUCAAAGCUCUUUCAUCCUGUUUU